ACACCGCUAGCAAACUCGACUGUGUCCGAAGUCAGCCACCGAUUGCUUGGUGAGCGUUGUGUUGCUCGUGGCGAGCCGCCCCAAGCCUCAACAUUCACAUUGGGACAUUGCUGCGACUUCCCUGGGACUCGAGGCAAGAGAAGACCCAGGAAAACCCUUGGGAAAGCUCUCGUCCCUCCCGCAAAGUAUGUAUCUGUUGUCUGGCUGAACAAAUCGAAUUAAAUCAAUCAAGCGCAGCACCAUGGAUCUCGAGGACUUCGAUGCUUGUGUGAAGGACUGGGAAGACUUAUCGGCAGAGUUCAAAACUUUAGAGGCUGCCAACAAGGAGUACCUACAAAAAUUAGACGAAGUGGGUGAUCUUCAAGGAAAAUGUGUGAAGGAAUUAGCACAUCAUCAUUACAGAAUGGCUACUCUGCAGCGUUCAUUAAAAAAGUUUCAGACUAAUGUCAAUGAGGAAGUUCUUGAAAAGAUGAACAAAGAUAUUGCUCGGAGGGAGGUCCAACUUUCAGAAGUAGAACAGACUCUUCCCAAAGAGAAUGGCCUUUAUUUGAAAAUUAUAUUAGGCAGUGUCAAUGUCUCCAUAUUGAAUAAGAACGACAAGUUCAAAUAUAAGGAUGAGUAUGAAAAGUUCAAACUAAUUCUCAGUGUUAUUGGUUUUGUUCUUUCUGUUAUCAACAUACUUACGAAUGUGAGGGCUCUGGAACUUGCUUUUCUCUUCUUGUUGGUGUGGUACUACUGUACUCUCACCAUACGAGAAAGUAUACUUAAGGUGAAUGGCUCUCGUAUCAAAGGCUGGUGGCGCCUUCACCAUUUUAUAUCAACUGUACUGUCCGGUGUAUUAUUAAUUUGGCCCAAUAAUACUGCUUGGUAUCUGUUUCGACCACAAUUCAUGUGGUUCAACUUGUACAUCAGUUGUGUGCAAUACCUUCAGUUCCGAUACCAACAAGGAGUACUGUAUCGGCUGAAGGCAUUAGGUGAACGACAUAACAUGGAUAUAACAAUUGAAGGCUUCCAUUCUUGGAUGUGGCGUGGGCUUAGCUUUCUCUUUCCCUUUCUUUACUUUGGCUACGUCUUGCAAGUGUAUAAUGCCUAUACGCUUUACAAACUUUCUUUCCACGAACAAGCUACAUGGCAGGUACCUGUGACAUCAUUUUUGUUUUUUAUCCUAUUCCUUGGGAAUUUGAUCACCACUUCCAUGGUUAUACCCCAAAAAUUAAAGGAUAAUACUUUGCUCGCUCUUUUUGGUGGCCGGCUCACCCAACAAAGUGAUAAGGAUGAAAAGAAAUCAAGCAGCAACAAAUCAGAAUGAGAUAUGAACAGAAAUAAAUAAUUGUUGGGUCCUUAUUCAUUUAGGCUCUAAAACAGUUUAGGUAAAUUUGUGAGUUUUGAAAGUAUUAAUUGAUGUAACUUUGCUCAAUUCCUUAUCCAUGAGAUUUGUAUUAAUUCAAAUCACAAGCUGAAAUGUUAAUCAGCCAUCUGAUGGGGUUGUUGUUGAUUAAUUUGGGAUGUGUAUGUGUUGUGAAAUAAUCUGGACUGUGAAAUUGAGGUCCAUGGCUGUUCUGUGAUAAUGUUGUCCUUACUACGUAGUACUCAUGGAAUCAUCUUGGAUGGAUUCUUACGUAAUUUGAAAUGCAAAUUUUGAAUUUUGUCGAAUGAUUACUGUGGGUGAGCAGAAGUGGUUGUGACUAUUAAUUUGUGCUUCAUUAUAUCAUGUUUGUGGUUCUUCAUGUGGAAAUGUUUUGUAUGCUAAACAGUGUCUUUUCUGAAUCGUUUAGCUCCCUGUUGUGUUUUCCAGAUUUUUCACCUCAAUGGUUGUGUAUUGAGAUGGUAUAUAUUUUUUCUUUAAAUGAAAAUGUGUUCUUCCAGACAUUUUUACUUUUUGCAAGGUUUUAAAACCAUCCAGUUAGACAUCAUGCUGAUGGUUUAAUGAAGUAAAAAAUACUGCUGUUUUGAAAAAGCUGCAGUAAAGAAAGUCAAGAAUUUGAAGUAUAACUAAAUAUCAUUUAUAUUUAUUUUCAGUUCCCAUCUUAUUUCUAGUAUUGAAUAUCAGAUCACUUAUCGUAUUUGUACGUACUCAAUUUGUACCAUUUCAUGCAGUGUGGAAAUAACUUCUAAGUCAUAAUUGGGUCUCUCUUUCAUGGAAUCUGUAUAUGAAUUAUCCAUCAGAGCCAAAGAACAGUAACAUUUGCCUGAUUCCUUGUUCUGUGAGACGUAUUUGUGUUAUAAUCUACUUAGCUACAGAUAUUGUGGAAACUGUAUACAUUCAAGAAAAUAUCAUUUCUGAUACAUCUGUAGAUUGGAUGAGUAUGUGAGAUGUGCCUUCUGAAUGAAUGUGAUAGUUUGCUAAUGAAAUGGUGACUGCCUGAAUCCAUUCAACUAUUUUCGUACUAUGUUUUAGUUCCAAGAUAAUCCCUGUACUUCCUCUUUCUAAAUCAGUAUUUGGUGCAAUGUGACAAGUUACCUAAUAUGCAGCAAUACAUACUAGAAAUUGAUAUCACACAGAAUAAAAUUUAAUUAAUUUUGCUAGGACUGAUGUGAGAAAUACCACAUGUACCUCAUUGCAUUUUAUAGUAUUUGAAUUGAUUUUAUGUAGAAUAUGUUUUUAUACUUGAUCAUUUUCUUCUUUGAAGAAUGAAUUUCAUUUCUUCUUGGAUAAAAUACCCAGAUUCUGUUUAGGAAUCUUGUCAUGUGUAUCAUUUUUGUAGUCAUUUUGUGAACUGUACUUUAUAUUAAUCAGAAAAUUUGAGGUAUUUUUCUUAAGUUCUUUGACUUUGUAGACCAGCUGGUUGUUUGAGGCAGGUUGCUUUUAAAAUUCCAUUUCACUGCCUUUGCCGUAGAAUUAACAAACUGCACACAUUUUACAGUUAUGUUUGAUUUACCCAUGGGGUGGCCCGUGGUGUUGUAUUUCAAAUAUAUUCCAAUGUUAUAACAUUGCCAAUCCAACUUUUGUGUUUAAAGGCUUAACAGCAGUAGUUCUAAUGUACUUUUGAGACGGCAUCUGCUGUUUUCUUUUAGUUGUGCCUUCCAUUUCUGUGGUGUGUGUGCGUGUGUAUGAGUGUGCACUAUAAAUUUCCCAGUUUGUCUUAUUUUUAUUUAAAUAAAUGAUUACGAACAUCGAAA